UGAUGGUGCAAAUUUUUGGAUCAAAGGCGCCGCUCGCGUUGUGAUUGGCGGAUCAAACGGAAGCUAUAAAUUAACUUUGAACCCAAAUUAAUUCGGUUGCCUAGCGCGGAUGAAUAUCUGCCUAGCUACUGUUUUUGCUCAAGAUAUCCGUCAAUAACCAAAUGCUUAUAACAUUAAGACGGGGUCUGUGCAGGGGUCAAGUAGAGGCAACGGGAUUUGACGGCAGUCGGUCAAAAUAUAUACGCGAUUUGCUUCAUCCCCCAGCCACAGACCAUCUCAUCAACGUUCAACGCUUCGAACACCUUGAUCGGAGAAUUGUAUUUUAUUGACAACUUUAAAACGUGGUAGCUAUUCGUUUUGUGCGAUUUGGACCAUGGACCUACACUGUCAAGAACGUUUUGGGCUUCGGCAAAGCUAUAAAGAUCCCGUUUUAUUAAACGAUGAUCGAGUUCUGAACAAUUUACUUGCGUACGAAGAGCGCUACAUGCCAAAUGGCGCCUAUUUCAAAGUCGUGCAAAAAGAUGUAAAACCUUACAUGCGGAAAAUGGUCGCCACUUGGAUGCUUGAGGUAUUAGAUGCUUGAAGUAAUUAUUUUUAAUAAAUCCUAAAUAAUUCCCCAUUGUAGGCAUUGGUUUGUGGAGCCAAUAUUUUUUCUAAAAAUAUUUUUAAAUUGGCUACCCCAUGGUUUAAUCGACUUUCUAUAUAAUAUCGUGCGGGCGGCUUUGGGAUGUUAUUGCUCAAUGUUAUUUAUUGUUUUAUUUAUAUUUGUUUUUUUAAUAAUUCCUUUAGGUUUGCGACGAACAGCAAUGCGAAGAAGAAGUUUUUCCACUAUCUAUGAACUAUUUAGACAGAUUUUUAAGCAUACAAGAAAUAAAAAAGAGUCGUUUACAACUCCUUGGUGCCAGUUGCAUGUUCCUUGCAAGCAAAUUGAGAGAAGCGAAGCCACUGUCGGCGGAGAAACUUGUUAUAUAUACAGAUAAAUCUAUCACAUUAGACGAACUUAUGGUAAAUAAAAAAACAACUAUUUUUUAUCAAUAAAUUGGCAGAAGAUGGCUUGAUAUAAAACAGCAUGGGAAUACAUUUAUGAUAAAAAGUAAAAAAUACACUUCGCAUCAAUUCAAGACCCUUUCACAGAGAGUUGAAAGAGUGCUGAUAUUUGAUGCUAUUUUUUAGUCUUACAAAAGCCCUUUCUCCUUUCUAGAGCUGGGAAUUAAUCGUUCUGGAUAAACUACAAUGGGAUAUUUCAGCAAUAACCCCACAUGAUUUUUUGGACCAUAUAUUUGCAAGACUGCCAUGUCAAUUGAACGAAGAACGACAAUCGCUAGUUCGGAAACAUGCGUCGACUUUCAUCGCCUUAUGUUGCACUGGUGAGUGUGGGUUAAAAAAUAAGCAAAAACCAAAGAAAUGGGGAAAAAAUCGGCUUCUUUCCUGCACAAAAUCUCGUGUUUUGGCUUUUCCGAUGCGAGUUUCCUCUUCAUAAACCAACUAUUCAUUAAACGUGCCAUGCCGAAUUUUUAAUAUGUUUCCGGCGCCAAAACAAUUUUCCAUAAAACAUUUUUUUCAAAUUUUUCUAUUGCAAAUUUUCGACCGUAACAUGUAAUUUGUAUGAUUAUUGUCCGUGAAAAAGUGAGGAAGUAUUUUUUGGAUUUUUUUAACUCGAAAAAAAGCCGUUUUAUCGAUGCGAGAGUGCUAGAAUAAAAUUAUUUUGUUCGCAAAAUUGCGGAAAUUUCGCAAGCCCAAAACACGAGGACAGGAAAAGCUUGAUUUUAACACGCGGUGUUUCUUGAAAGCAUUUGCUUUGGAAGAUAGGGGAACUGGUGUUUGCUUUAUUUAUUAUUUAUUUUUGUUGUUUUUCUCCAUAAUUCAGACUUCAGAUUUGUGCUUUUCACACCAAGUAUGAUAGCGGCAGGGGCAGUUUGCGCUGCAAUGGCCGGCUUUCAACACGAAGUUCAAACAACAAGAGAAGAAAUGCUUGGACAUAUGCACCAAAUCACGAACAUUGAACAAGUAUGUUAGGAUUUUAUUAAAAAAUAUUUUGUAAAUAUUGUCUGGCACUUGAUAUGUGAUCCAUUAUGAUUUGACACAUUAAUAUUUAAGUACCAAAUUCGCGUAAGUCAAAACUGAUGAAAGUUAAAACCGAUAAAGGCUAUGCUUUAUAUUUUGUUGUGCCUUUUAAACUAAACCUUUAAAAACCUAGUAGUUUACUAGUUUUGGUAAAAUGUUUAAAAUUAUAUAUUAUAAAUGUUAAGGGGAAGGGGGCACUCUACCUUCGCACAUUCAGGGGGUGCGAGGAGCGACUUCUAUUUAGACUUUAGUAGAGGGCUAGGGGGCACUCAUCCCUAUUACUUAGGCAGGUGGGUGGCCAAUCUUUCUUUUCAUACAGAGUAUUUUAUGUUGAAGACCAAAAGAGGAGGGGGCGCUCAAACCUUUUUCAUAUUCAGUUGUUCCAGAGAACACUGAUUUACACGUCCCCUACAGAGGAAGAGACUGCACGUUAACCCCCUCACCCCAUUCAGAUUGCCUAGUAUUUUUGCUAUUUUGAAAAGAUAUACAUUUCCCCCGUUAGGAUGGCGCAGAUGUCCUCAUCAGGGGGUCGUGGAUCUCUUCUCGAAUGACCCAUUUACCCCUUAAAAAAACCAUGAAGGGGUUUUCUUUAAUUAAUGAAAGCAUGUGAAAAUUGCUGUCUUUGCACACAUAGCUAACUUAACAAAUUUGACAUUAAACUAUUCCAAACAAGCAUUUUAAGUUCCAAGAAAUUCUGAAAUUGUAUAUUUUUCUUUCCUGGAUUCUGAUGUUUUGACUAGAGUAGUCUACCAGAUCAGAUAUUUAGACUGAAAUAUCCCUAAUUUCCUAUUUAUAAGAAUGCAUGGAAUUCUUUCAGUAAAAGUGCAGGAAAUUCCUGUUAUCCAUUCCUCUAGGCAGUAUACAUGGCUUCAUUUUGACCCAGACUAGUGCCAGAAGAUCAAAUUGAUCACGAAGGGAUAAUCAGGCUGACCUAUCGUAUCUGCCAAUACCCCGACUUGUUAACCUAUUUUUUUAACUAUUAAAAUGUUCGUUAAUGCACCGUAAAUUAAUUAUUUGACUUGUCUUUUUCCCUUCGUCGUAACGUCUUUGGAAAAGGCUUAUGCUCGAUCACAGAACUUGCCAAUCCUUUUUCUUAACCCAUUUUUGAGCAGCAAAUGCGAAUUAUUUUGAUUAAUUACUAGAAGAAGACAGCUUUGUGCGUUGUAAUGGUUUAAAAAAUCAGUCUAUUAAUAUAAUUUUUACAGCUUAAAAAUAAUACCGGUCAAAUAAGCAAAAAGUGUCAUCAACUCUCAUUUUCGUUUGAUUAAGCAUUAAAAUCUUCGAGAAUAAAAUGGCAUCUGGCGUUGGAGAACGCAUUUAUUCAUCAAUAACAUGUUUCUUAAAACUACAUUGCAGCCAACGCCGAACGCACAGGUUUAACAAAUCUUUCAUUUUUCGCAGGAAUGCCUCAGUUCUUGCCAAGAUUUAAUCGAAGACGCACUUCAAUUGAAUGUUAUCGGAGGACAAGACAACGAAAUGAAGUUAGGAGCCGAACAGCCGACAACACCGACGGACUUGCAAGCUGUCGAUUUAUCGUAACAUAUAUAAAGAAACGUACCGUAUUUUUUUAGCCCGUGUGUUUGUUUCUAGAAUUUAGCUACCAUGCAAUACCUUGUACAUAAUGUUAAUAAAAGAAUUUAUAAUUUUAUAUAUAGAAAACUUGAAAGUUGUUUGUUG